AUGACAAGUUUUGAAUCAGUAUUAAUAACGGGCGCCAAUCGAGGCAUUGGUUUGGGAUUAGUGACCGCAUUGUUAACUAAACCAAACGGCGGCCCCAAACACGUGAUCGCCACUACACGACAGGCCACUAAUGCGGCGUUGGAUGAGCUCCGGGACCGACACGCGAACCUACAUAUCCUACAACUGGACGGUACGGACUAUAAGAGUUUUGAUGGCUUUGCCAAACAAGUGGCCGAUAUUGUGGGCGACAGGGGUUUGGAUACACUUAUCAAUAACGCCGGAAUGGGUAUUGCGUCAAAACUGGAUGCCGUGACCGCCGAUGAUAUGAUGACCAACUUUGAAGUUAAUUCAGUGGCGCCUCUAAUGCUCACUAAAGCCUUAUUGCCAGUACUUAAGCAAUCGGGAGCGACCAAGCGCAAAACAACCGUGGCAAACAUUACAUCCCUGGCCGGCUGUAUCACAAACAUACACAAAGCCCCUAUGGGUAUGAUUUACCCAUACUUUACGAGUAAAACCGCGCUCGAUAUGAUCACAAAAUGCCUGUCCGUGGAUUUGGCCCCACAUGGUAUUAAUACUGUGGCCGUACACCCGGGCCACGUGCGGACCGAUAUGGGCGGUCCUACCGGUGCUAUUGAUGUGGAGACUAGUGCUGAGGGUAUACUGAACGUGAUAAAGAAGCUAACAGAUGAAGAUUCUGGAAGGUUAAUUGGCUACGAUGGCACUGUGCACCCUAAUUAA